AUGGAGGCGCGCGAGCGGGGGGCGAGGCCGCCCAGCCCGCCCGGCAGCCCGCCCAGCCCGCAGCGCCUGGACGUGAGCUCGGAGCGCUUCGACCCGCUGCUCGCGCUGUACGCGCCGCGCCCGCCGCCCAUCCCCUUCCCCGACGCGCCCUGCUUCAACAACCUGGCCGAGUACGAGAACUUCCUCCGCACCGGCGGCCGCGCGGGCCGGGCGCGCGGGCUCCCCAAGGCGCGCCCCGACCCCGGCCCCGGCCCCGGCCCCGCCGCCUCCGCCCGGACCCCCAGCCAGCGCCCGCGCGCGCGCCGCCGCGGCCCCGACCCCGACCCCGAGCGCAUCGCGCGCCUCCGCCGCCUCAUGCUGCCCCGCGACGGCGACCGCGACGGCGACGGCGACGGCGACCCGGACGGCGCGGGGCCGAGGCGCGGGGGCCCGGGCCGGGCCAGGAGGGCGCCCAGGAACGUGCUCACCAGGAUGCCCCUGCAUGAAGGCAGCCCUCUGGGGGAGCUCCACCGCUGUAUUCGGGAGGGCGUGAAGGUGAACGUCCACAUUCGCACUUUCAAGGGCCUGCGUGGAGUCUGCACUGGCUUCCUCGUCGCAUUUGACAAGUUCUGGAACAUGGCACUCACUGAUGUGGAUGAGACCUAUCGCAAACCUGUCCUGGGUAAAGCAUAUGAACGAGAUUCCUCCUUGACUCUCACACGGCUCUUCGAUCGCCUCAAACUUCAGGAUUCCUCUAAGAAGGAUGCUGACUCGAAGUCUGCUGUAGAAGACUCCACUCUGUCCAGAUACUCCCAGACGUCCACAUGGAAGGUGGCUUCUGUGUGGGGGAGAGAUGACACUGACAGGGGCUCUCGCCAGCGCUCCCGUUCUGUCCCUUCCUCCCUGCAGGCAUCUGCAAGGGCCGAGUCCAGGUCAGAGUUUUCAGGGAGGACCAUGCGAACAGAAGGGUCCAGUGCGGGGGGCACCUUGUCCCUGGCGACCACUCUUUCCAGGGGCCAGGCUCGUAAAAAGAAGCGAAAGCCCAAAGUGGAUUACCAGCAGGUGUUCACUCGCCACAUCAACCAGAUUUUCAUUCGAGGCGAGAAUGUCCUGCUAGUCCAUCUGGCACAGUGAUCGGCUUGGGUCUCACCUGAGCUCUGGUUUUUUAGGAAUAAAUUGCAUGAAUCUUUGUUCUGCUGUACCCUAGUAACCCCCUCACAUUCCGAGUUGGAAUCCCCCCUUUCCUGCAUGGACAGAGGACAGAGCUAAGCUCGGGACCUCUGCAGAUGGGCUCUCUCAGGGGAGAUAGGCUGUGGAAGGGGGGUGGAGCGAGUCUUUCUAAUAUUGAGGCAGAAGCUGCCCCAAGGGACAACAAUUUGAUUGGGCCUGACGGUCCAGCUGAACCGAAUGUAGCUCCUUUCAUUGUAUGAGGGCCACAGUAUGAACUAAAUUUACACCUGCCAUCUUAGUUUGUGUAUGUGGGGCAAGAGUGAGCUCAGGCGUGAGACCCGUGACCUGAGUUUGCAUAGAUUUGAGCAGCCCAUAUUGCUCUGGGGCUUCACAUCUUUUACAGCUGACCUCUGAGUUUUGCUCUCUAUGCCAUCCUUUUUCUUCCUUCAAGAAAUGGAGUUAACUGUUCUGAGCAUCUGCAUUCUUUCAGAGAGCUGUCAGCAUGGAAGGGUAGAGUGUGGGUAAUUGGUGGGUUCUGUGUGCCCUGGUCUCUCUCCCUUGGCUUGACUCCCAGCUCUGCCCCUCAACAGAACAUGCUUCUGUGGCUGGCAUGACAAACCAGAUUGGACUCGAUGCUUGGCGUGGGUGACUUUCUGUCCUUCCCUUUCCCUGCAGCAUAGCUCUAGUCUAGUGCAUGUUUCCUAUGUCAUGCUCCUCUGUAAUUGCUGCUCUGUACAUAAUGUGGCCUGUCUUGUGAGCCCUGGCAGUUGACUGAUGGACCCUCAUGUCUGACUCCAGAGGCUUCUGCACAAGUUCCUCUGCACAGCCAUCCCACCCCUGCCAGUCCCCAUGCUAGGCAAGCUGACUUUGUAGCAGAUCUUUCGGUCUGGUUUCACAGGGGUUGUAAUGUCGUCUUCUGUCAGACCAGCUUACAAGGGGUCCCAUUAUACCCUCUCAAACUUGCACUGAAUCUCACUACCCACUUCAUCACUGUUGCAGAAGAGGCUAUAACCUCAACACAGACUGUUAGGAAUAUUGGUGUUUUGGUUUGGGCUUCAACUUAUACUUGGCUUUAUUACAGGGAGCUGUGUUUGGAGUGAGGGUAAGAAAUGGCCAACUAAGGAUACUUUUUCUUGCUUUAGUCAUGGGAUGAAUUAAAUAAGCCUUCUGUGGAGCAGGGUGGAACUGUUUUAGGAUGCCCGGUCCCUCUGCCAGCAGAUCCACUGGCUCGCCCUGUAAUGAAGCGGAACAGAUUUCACCCUCUGUGCCUCAGUUUCCCCAUUAGACACCUACCUCAAGGGGCACUGAGACCAAUAAUGUUAAGAAGACAUUUUAGUAGCUAGCGAUGUGAUAUAAGUGCCACAAGUAAUGCUCCUAAUCGUUUCAUACCUGGUAAAACUCGUCUUACGAGU